AAAAAUUGGAAGCUCCACCACCCACCCCGGGACAGCUGAGAUAUGUAUUCAUCCACAAUGCGAUACCUUUCGUAGGGUUUGGCUUUUUGGAUAAUGCAAUUAUGAUUGUUGCAGGAACCCAUAUUGAGAUGUCUAUUGGAAUUAUUUUGGGAAUUUCAACUAUGGCAGCUGCUGCUUUGGGAAAUCUCGUAUCAGAUUUAGCUGGACUUGGACUUGCAGGCUACGUUGAAGCUUUGGCUUCCAGGUUAGGCUUAUCAAUCCCUGAUCUCACACCAAAGCAAGUUGACAUGUGGCAAACACGUCUUAGUACACAUUUGGGCAAAGCUGUUGGGGUGACUAUUGGCUGCAUUCUAGGAAUGUUUCCUUUGAUUUUCUUUGGCGGAAGUGAAGAAGAUGAAAAACUGGAAACGAAAAAGUAAUCCUCCUAGAAUCCCUAUCAGAAGAUGUAAACUAAUGUACCUCAGUUAUUACGCUGUCCGACAUUUAGGAUUCAGACAGUUAACAGUGUCUAGAUAUGGGAUCAAAUAACUCAGCAUGUAUUAUGGAAACACUAACUUAUUGUGGCUUGACCUUCUUAGGACUUCUUUUUUAAGAAACUGUUUAGUAUCAUUUUGUGUAAAUUGUUGAAAUGCUUUUUCAUCAAUGGCAGUCAGCAUUUUAUCUUUCCUUUUUCUUUCCUUAUAUAUCAAAAUAUUAUUUAAGUACCGGUCAUUGAUGUACUGUAUUGACUUGGGGUUUGCUUAUUUGUUACUCGACACGUAUACAUGCAUGAAAGCAUUUUUUGGGGGUUAUUAUUGUUGUUCCCUGAUAGUUACAGUGCAACCUUGGGAUUUUUCCAAAUUGCUUAAUGUUUAAUAUCAGUUAAUAUUUUUAAUCUCUUUUUGGCAACAUCAAUUUUGUACUGUUUCACAGUAAACAUUUACAAUCGUA